ACAGUACGCAUCGACCGCUCGAUGGUACAUCGUCGACUUCGAUAUUCAAGCAUACAGUAACAGUAACAGUAAAAGCGCCUAUUCAAGGAAGAUGAACGUCAAACUAGUCUUGGUCUGCACGAUUCUCGUUUUGUUCGCGUUCGACGGAGAUGCAGUCAAGUCAAGUAGACGGAGAACCGGAAGUAGCGGAUGGGGAUUUUCAUCUCGUGGGACAACGCCUCGUCCUCGCUACUCGCAGAGCUCGAAUCAUCAAGCAGCAUCUCAACCUAGUAAAAAUGCUAAUAGAGACUUCUUAAAAGCUGAGGGAGGAGGAGCUACACGACCAAGUGGCUCACAACCAGGAAAAGUAGGAUGGAACGUGCCCGAUAAGAAACCACCAGUGACUAGUACCAAUACAGCGGCAAAACCAUCUGCACCUGUGAAUGAACAACUGUCUAAAUCUAGCGCUACAAACGUGCAAUCAUCUGGGUAUUCUCCAUCAGGUGGAUAUCCUCGUCAACCAGCCAACAAUCCUUACCAAACCAACGCCAGUCCUAAUCAAGCAUACAAUCCAUCAGUUGGCCAAGGUUACAACCCCUCAGUGGGUCAUGGUUACAAUCCACCACCUGGCUAUUACAGUCCUGGAGUAGGUGGUGGACACCCUCCUGCAUACGGCGCACAACCGUCCUAUGGCGGCUACAAUCCUGGUUUUGGACAGCCGUCGUACAGCCCGUCUAUGGGACAAUCUCCGCAAACGAUUUUGGUACAGGGAUCGAAGCCUGGAAUAGGACAAUUGGCAAAAGAGGCGUUCGUUUUCGCUGGCGUGAGCGCUGGUGUGAAUGCGGCGGUGAACAGAUUGAUACCAGGUGGAAUUUAUGGCAACAGGGGCAGCGGAGGUGGAGGAGAAGCAGCGGUAGUUAGCGGUGUUCCCCAGACUCAGAUCACCUAUAAUAAUUAUUACAACAAUGGAACUGCACCUGUUGGAAACCCUGAACAACCUGCAGCUGCUGCUGCUGCUCCUGCUCCUGCAGCACAACCAGCUGCUGCGGCUAAUGCUGAACCCCCAGCAGUUCAGCCAUUAGCUCAACCGUCUUCUGAGACUCCACAAGCUGCACAAAGCAACGCUGGUACCAAUAGCGCGCCUCCAAGUAACGCCAACACUCAAGAUGCAGCGCAGAAUAAUCCUAAUCCAUUAGGAUUCGUUACGUCUAAUGAAGAUAUCAAGAAGCUGACAGAGAGUCUGUUCGAGAAAGAGCAGAACAGCGCUAUGAAGCAUAUAACGAUGAAUAUUCAAGGUCAGAAGAAGGAUGAUAGCAUCACU